GGAGUUACUGGUUUUGUGAGGAAAAUGGAUCAUUGAUAGCCUUUAGGAAAAGCAAUCGAACGUGGCUCAGUCGAUCAGCCCGUCCUGUGAGCAAUCGAGCGAAGGGGAAAGAUGGCAUCCACCGAGCAACCUGAUCCUCCUACACAGCCGGGCCUUCCACCUGGAACAGAGGCGACGGCUCCUCCCAGAGAAGAACUGAUUACCACUGCUGUAAAAUUUCUACAGAAUCCCAAAGUCCGUCAGAGUCCCUUGGCCACCAGAAAAGCCUUCUUGAAGAAAAAAGGGCUGACGGAGGAGGAGGUGGAGUUGGCCAUCCAGCGUUCUGGCAGCACAGAAGAAGUCCUGCCUGUGAGCCCUGUGGGGCCCCCACACCCCCUCCACGCACCUCAGCUGGCUCCUGCACCUCAUAGUCCAGCAGGCUACAGAUGGAGAGACUAUGGUUCCCUAACCAUCAUCAUGGUGGGCAUCGCCUUUGGUUUCCAUCAGCUUUACAAAAAAUACAUCCUUCCCCUCAUUAUGGGCAGCCGAGAGGACAAGAAGCAUCUGCAGAGGAUGGAGAGCAACAUUGCAGCAAUGAGUGGCACGCUGACACAGACAGUCAGCCAGCUGCAACAGACCCUGGUCUCUGUCCAGGAGCUCCUCGUCCAGCAGCAGCAGAGGAUCCAGGAGCUCUCGCAGGAAAUGGCUUCAACAGAGGCUUCGUCUUCAACCAACCGCGUCCUGGACAACCAGACCGUUGGAGAGCUGAAGGCUGAGAUUUCCUCUUUGAAGGGCUUACUGCUCAGCAGGAGACAAUUCCCGUCCACUCCCAUUAUUCCUAAAAUCCCCUCAUGGCAGAUUCCCCUGAAGCCCCCCUCGGCAGCCGUCUCGUCCCCGGUCAGCCACACCACCACCACCAACAACAGCAGCAGCGACAUCUCCCCUGUCAGCAUCGAGUCGGCCGACUCCUCCCCCCUCACAGAUGGACAACACAGCCCCCAGGACGCACUGGGAGGGCCUGGUGGAGUGCACCAGAUCAACAAAGACAACAACACUGUGGCCGUGGGCACAAGUCAGGUCCUGGACCUGAAGGACCGCAUGGAGGUGCAGGGGGCAGAGGAGGCUUCGGAGAAGAAGAAGGAGGAGGACGAGGAGGAGGAGGAGGUGGAGGAUGAUCUCAGCCACGUAGAGGAGGAGGAGGAGGAGGGUGUAAGCAUGCAGACAGUGGAUCGGCGUGGUGGGGAUGGACAGAUUAACGAACAGGUGGACAAACUGAGGCGGCCCGUGGGUGCCAGCAACGAGAGCGAGGUGGAUUAGACAGCAGUAGAAAGCACAAAGGCACUUCAUCUCUGCCGCCGGCUUUGUUUCAUUCUGCUCCUCUCUGCUCACACUUGUAGUGGUUUUUUCCCCAUUCUAUUUUUUUUUUUUUAAAUCUGUCUUUGCUGCCGGUUUCCCCCUCGUUUCUCUCACAUCUUAAUCUUAAGCAAAAUGAGCAGCAGGCGCGACAAGACGCAAAACUGACAAAUAAUGGAGUGUGUAGUUGACACAGGGCUUACCUCGAUUUACGUUUCAUCACGGAGACUAAACGACUGCAUGGGGAGCCGCAUACCACGGCGUCACACUCCUCCUGAGAGGAGAACGGGCGAGCGGCAGCCCAAUCACAAUGACUUUAAAAGGCUGGAUGCAGUACCAACCGCGCGUGACCGGCUGCUUUUAAUUUUGUGAUUCCAUCAGAUCAUUUGCAGCUCUGCCUUGGUGCCCGUGUAGUUGUACUACGGUUCUUAUAGGGACCAAAGAGUCCGCGCUGCACAGACUAGCCCUCUUAGUGUAGUGCAGCCGGAGGUCAGGAGUCAUAUGUUGGCACUUCCACCUCAGCGUUACCGUGAGCUCGGAGAGAAGCAUUAGCAGAGUUUGUCUCCCCCGUUGACGGCAAUAGGAGAGGACAAGCUCUUCCAGGGCCGGAGCUUUUAGUCUCUUUUAUGUGUCCUUUCGCAUUGGUGUCAGUCUGUCAAUAAUUCACAAGGCCAGCAGGGUGGCAUUUGGGUGAAAUAAAAGCCCUGAAAUUCGAGAUUAGAAUGUGAUGACGGGCUUUGUUCCAUGCCGGUGUCAGAGUGCUCAUACGCUCAAAGGAGGAGAAGAUAAAUCUUUUCUUCCCCCGCUUUCCCUUUUCACUGAGGGGCUGAAUUGUGUACUUUUUUUUUUUUGCAAGCGUGUUUACGCGUGCGUGGCAGGCGAGAAAACGCAGACUGUCUGCUGAGCCGUUUCUGAGUCUCCAGCAGGGCAGCUGAUUUGGUUUGUGAAGUAUGUUAAUAAUCAAAUGAUCAACAAAUAACAGAUGUAUUAGUUCAUGCAGCUUGAAAUGUCAAGGGGGCUAAAAGCGGAAAUCUAAUACAGAAAGCCCAGUUGCAUUGUAUUAUUUUCUGUGACAAACCCUGCGGUCCAAAUUAUGUGGGGCCUCCUACAGUGAGUAAUCUUUACAGAAAACGGCGCCAAUAUUUUAUAAUUAAGCUGCAGUAAGACAACAAGGGCUGCCACAGAUGGAAGUUGCAGAGCGUGUAUCACUAUUCUCAGUGUGGAGGUGGAUGGGGGAAGUUAUAAAAAAAAAAAAGCAUUGCCCCAUGAUUGAAAAGGAAAGUAAUGAAUGAAUACUUGACUUAUUGAAUUACUCACUCUGCACUCACUGUCUCCAGCUAACGAGAAGAGUCCAUGAGUGAGAAGAAGGGAUAUCAGCUCUGGUGCCAUUUCCACCUCCAUCACAUGGCCUUCAUAGGAAGAAAGAAAAGGUAGAGGGGCACUGCUCGUUUCUGUGUGACACCCGUCCUUUAGAUUAAGUUGGGUGGUGUCGAUGGGGUCAACAACACUGUAAACUAUAUUUCUUUGAUUUUGUAGAGAUGAAUUUGAAUGGAUGAAUAAGGUUUACAGAAGUACGUAAUGGAGAGGUGUAACGUAUGCUUCUUGGCCACUGUAGAGCCCGUGAUUGGUCCUCUCUGUAACCUGCUGAUUACCUUUUGAGUGCCAGCAAACCAUGUACAAAAGUGUAAUAAAUCUGCUUUAUCUCAAAUAAAAUCUUAUGCUUU